AUGGAAGAGGGUUUGAUCCGCGAAAUCCGAGUUAAUCGGAUCAAGCAGGCCCAAGAGGAAGAAGUCUGGAUCGCCGGCAUGAAGAAGUAUCUGAGUGGCUCGAUCGCGGGCCUCACCCAAGCGGAAGCAAGAUCGUAUGGCAAGAUCGCGGCUGACUACGAGACAGGAAAAGGAAAACCGGUGAUCCCGAGUGAAUCACCUGGAAACUUGCAUGCGACGUACCCGUUCCAGAUUAUUGCGAUGGAUCACAUACCGUCGCUACCUAGAUCCCACAAGGGGAACACUGAAUUAUUGAUCUGGGUUGAUCUGUUCACAGGAUAUGUGAUCGCGAAGGCCAGCUCGUCCCGAUCGGCCCAGACGGUUGUGGAAUCGUAUGAAGAGUGUGUAUUUCGGCGAUUUGGUGAAAGGGAGAUGAUCCGGCAUGAUCGAGAACCCGGCUUCAUGUCUGAUUUCUUCCGGGCGUUUAACAAGAUUUUGGGACAGCGGCUGCGGGCGACGAUGGCAUAUCGUUAUCGUCCACAGGCUAACGGGACUGCUGAGAGAAUGGUGCAGACCGCGACCAGAGCGCUCAAGAUGUACGUCCGCGAUCUGGAUCAGAAGGACUGGGACUAA